AUGACCCUGUCGUUUGCUUUGAGUAUUGUAGCCCCCGGUUCUGGUAUUACAACCCCAUCCACUUUGAAGAGGAUGACCACCAACGCUCAAACAAAGUGGGCAAUUCUUUUUCGGGAUGAACCCUACAACAACGACUAUCUAUGGGUUAAGCGUCUGGGACAGGGUGCGUUUGCUCGAGCUGAUCUGGUGAGGGCCAUGAAUGGCCGUCUGGAAGUAAGGAAGCUCCUUCACCAACCGGCGUUUGUCGACGCGCGCAUGGAUACUAUCAAGGCCGAGAUCUUGACCAUGAUCGACAUCCGACAAGCAUGUCCCAGCCCCGAUCUGGCCCUCGCCAGGCUCAACUCUGCCGGCUUUACAAGCGGCAUCAGUGAUCAAGGGCGAAACAAUGGCGACCGCAAUGUGGGUUACUGGAAGUUUUAUAACCUGGGGAGCUGUCUAGAUCUCAUGCAGCUCACAAGCAGAUUGGAUCUGUACAUACCCAGCGCUUUCGCCGCUGGACUUGUGGCAGACUGUCUAUUCGGUCUUGAGAAUCUGCUCCACACCGGGAAAACGCACAACGACCUCUACCCGCGCAACAUAUUCCUGAACGCGAGGGACCUGAGCGGAUGCAGCGUUGUUGAGGGAGUCAUUGGUGAUUUCGGGUUGUGCGCCACCUUGCCCCAUCCCCCUCACAUGCGUCGAGUCUGUGACAUGAAGACUGACCUUCUCGCACUGAGCAAGUGUGUCAAAUUCCUAGCAGAGAACCGCAGGCCGGCUUUGGAGAUAGAGUUGAUCCAGGUGAGCAUGGAAGUAAUCCAGCAGCCUUUAUAUCCACCAGACAGCCCGGAGAAGCAGCGAGACGAGUGUCGCUGGUGGAAGAUACAGUCCAUCCUCGACCUGUACGUCAGCCAGUGGACGAAUCCUUCAACGACCAUCUCGACGUUCAUCGAUGGCAUCACGGCGUUUACCGAACUCAAGCAAGAAGCGUCAAGGGAUUUCCGCACGGCCAUCGAGUCGACGACGUUUGCCACCGUCCUCCAGGGCAUCGCCGACGAGACCGUCGAUGCAGUACCGACCUUGUUCGAUUCGUUCGAAGACCUGCGUCGCGUUGCGGAGCAGGAGUUCAAGGGCGAGAUGAUUCAGACGGUGAAGAUUUUGACAUCGCCGCUACUCCGCCUUCCUGCUGAGCUUCGGCUGCGUAUAUACGAGCUCCUUCUCGACGUCGGACAGAUCAGCAUUGACUACCGAGUUUGGACUCCACAUACCAAGGCGCGACCGGGCUUCUACUGUCGAACCUUGGCAUCCGACGCCGAUCCAUGGGCCUCGCCACCGGCACACCACAGAGAAGUAGUCUGCUGGGAUCCUGCCCUGCGUGGACAUGACGCAUCCGGGGGUCGUGGCGCCGGCAAAGUCGCCAAAACAGGUGCAACCUCGGGCGGCGUGACGUUGCUGUCGGGCGUGUGUCGGCAGCUGUACCACGAAACCGCCACCCUCCCCUUCCAGCUCAAUACUUGGUCCUUCCACAGUCCGCGGCUGAUGAACCGAUACCUGAAGGAGCGGAGGAUGACGCUGAAGCAGAGACGGGCCGUCAAGAUCCUCAUCGUCAAGGAGAAGCCGUCCAAGGCCGUAGAAAACAUGUUUGGCUGCCUGCAGGUCGUCGCUUGGCGUGACGAGGCCAAAGUUCGACUGAUCCGAGAGCGCUGUCAGUAG